AUUUUUAUUUUGUGCAUCUUUUAAACAUGGAUGCCCCCAUGAAUUGGCCAUAAAUAUUGUUGAUACUGCGUUUAAACGGCAACAAGAUUAUGUCAUCGGAUAAAGAACUAUUAAAGAUACAGCAAUUGGAUAAAGACUUUUUUGUUUGGAAUUCAAAUGAUGCAAGGUGUUUACGUGAAAAUUAUAAGAUAGUUGGGACCCUGAUUGGAUGUUUACCAAGAGCUCCUCGUCAGAAUGCCCAGUUAGGUUUACCACUACAGUUAAUGCCAGAGGAAGUUAGGCUAUUAAUAGAUAUUGGGGUAGCUGAGGUGGUAACUGAGGGAUAUAUAAAGCCAACUGUGGAGGAUAUCAGAAAAUAUGAGCAGAAUAAAGAAGAAAGUUAUAAAGAGCAGAUUGAAUUGUUCCGAAAUGACAGACGAGAUGAGAUACGACGUAAACUGCCGGACAUUAUAGAAGGCAAGAAGAAAAAGAGAAAUAAACUAUUGUUAGAGAGGCGAGAGAAAGGUGAACACAUAGAUGACGCUGAGUUUGAAAAAGAAAUAGAAAUGAAUGCGGACUCAGUGGAGAUUCCACCAAUACGUCGUGAACACAUGCUGCUUCAAAUUCAUGGAGUUUGUACGUUCAGACAAAAGUCCUGUCAUGCUGUUGAUUGGCAGUUCCCUUGUACCAAUGAAGAGAAACUACGAUACAGAGUUUACAGGGACUUCUGGGAACGCGGUCACUUUCUAACACUGGGUAGUAAAUUUGGUGGGAACUUCCUUGUGUACCCAGGCGAUCCUUCCAGAUUUCACUCGUUUUUUAUUGCAAUAUGUAAACCCCACAAGGAAAAGAUGACGGCACUAGAUGUUGUAUCAAUGGGAAGACUCGGUACCAGCGUUAAAAAGACUGUUGUGAUUUGUUCCGAGGACGAAAAUGGACAGCUGUGUUACACUUCUUUACAAUGGACAGGAAUUAGCUGAUAGCAUAUCUGUAACUACAAAUCAAAUAGUGUUAAGAAUUAUAUGUGUUAAAAAGAUGAUAAAUAGGAAUAUGUAUAUCAUCUGUAAUUAAAAAAGUAGGUGGAGAUUGGCGUUGCAUAAGGUAUCAUAUACAUGUAUAACAACUUAAAAAGACAAUGCCUGUUUGAUAUAAGUGGCAUGGAACAUGCUUUUUUCUCCACUGCAAGGAGGUGUGAGAGCACAUGUAGAGUUGCUCUUGUCCAUCCAUCUGUUCAUGCCAGCCAGCAUAGCUCAAUCGGUUAGAGUGUGAGACUUGUUAUCUCGACAUUGCGGGUUCAAUUCCUGAGCUGGACAACUAAACUUACUUAUCACUCUUUUAGAUGAGACUUCAAACCGAGGACCGGUGUACGAGUGCUUUAACACUUGGCAUGAGAAGCUUCUGGAAUUGGGGCAACUUUCUGUAUCAGUAUAUUUCACUAACUUCCAAAAUAUGAAAUAAGUAAUAUUCUUUUGGAGGACUUGCCCAUAUAGGCAACCGGUGGCAAGUAUGAAAAAACUCAAAUACACACACUCCAUUUGUCCUACUGUAGACUGACAUAGCAUGAAUACGGGAGAAUCUUGAUUUAAGCAGCUAUUAAAUAUCCAAUAAAUAUCUGAACUGCAGUCAGUAUGGCUUUAUAUCCGACAUGUACUGCAAUUUUUUGUUUCACUCACCUGAUUUAUUAACUUACAUUGUGAAAACAUGUCUUAGCAUAAUAAAGGAAUGCAAAUCAUU